ACACACAGAUCCUUUCCAGCUCUCCCCUCAGUGGUCUGAUGAGACUGAAGGAACAGGGAAUUGGUAAAGAACAUAGUUUUGAUGAAGAAUCCAACUGAUCAGAAACACUGGAUGACAAACUAUUUGGGGAGUAUACUGUCAUAGCUGCUAAUAACUCAGUCAAACCUCCGAGACAAGAGGUAGAAUGUGGUUUCUAAAUUUUAUAUUAGAGGGAUUGUGCUAUAUUGGUCCCGUUAGAUGUUGUUAUUCAGUGUAUUUCAUGCCAGAGGCUUAAACAUGAUACAGGGAAACGUGAGCUUUAAGGUAGGUAAGAAGACAGUUAGGAUGGGAGGAGGGUUAGUAGUCUGGUUGGUAGGAAGGUAGGUGAUCAGGCUGGUAAAAGAAUUGAUUGGAAGGUAUGUCAGGUCGAUAGACUGGGCGUUGGGUAUGUUGGUAAGCAGCUCUGUAGGUUGGUAGGAAAAAAGUUAGAUUUGUAGAAUAUUAUAGGUAGGCUGGUAGAGAGGUAGGUGGGAUGGUAGUUAGAUAACUCACUCACUCACUCACUCACUCACUCACUCACUCACUCACUCACUCACUCACUCACUCACUCACUCACUUAUGCAUGCACAUGUAUCACAUAUGGAUCUAUGUUUUGCUCACCUGCUCAUCUGAUUUCAGCUGUGAUGAUGUUCGUCUCUCGUUGUCUUCGUCUCAUCCUGCGUGAUGUCCUCAAUCCAUCCUGCUUACAUCACUUCCUACUGGAAUUUGUAGGCACCACCCUCUUCCUGUGUAUUAGCUUAUCGGCUGUCCUGAUUAAACCUGACCCGGGAUCCACUGCCAGUUCAAACAAUCAGAGCCACCUGUUUGCAGGUGUUCUACCUGGACUCGUAGCUGUUUCACCCACGUGUCCUCUGCAGGUGGCACUUGUCUUUGGUCUGUCUGUUGCAGUAGCAGCACUCUGUGUGGGUGGGGCAGCUCACUUAAACCCAGCAGUUUCCAUAGCAAUGGCUCUGACCUUAAGACUCCGCCUGUGGAGAGCUGCGCUGCAUAUAAUUGCUCAGCUUUUAGGGGGUGUGGCCUCUGCAGCACUUCUGAUGGGACUGACUGGCAAUGUGACACCUGCUCUCAACCAGGUGUCCUCUGGAGUCCGGCUCCACCAGGCAGUCAUCGUGGAAAUGCUUGUGACCCUUCAACUGGUCCUGGUUGUCAUGGUAACAGCUGAAGUCCCCAUGUCAGCAGCAGCAACUCCUCUGUUGGUUGGUCUGGCUGUCAGUCUGGGUCACCUGGUGGCCGUGAAAGUAACUGGUUGUGGGAUGAACCCAGCCCGGUCUUUCGGUCCAGCUGUCAUCACUCUCAAUUUCAGCAACCACUGGGUUUUCUGGGUAGGGCCAGUUAUGGGGGCGUGUCUCGCUGCCCUCUUGAAUGACCUUUUGCUGCAACAGCGCUGGUGCUGCGCUGGAGACUGGUGGAAAGAGCUGAAACAGCUAUAUGUACUGACAGACAAACAGCAGCAGAGGGCGCCGCCAUAGCACACUCUUGUGGAGAAAGCACCUGACUUGGACAACAUGGCAGUAAUAAUCUCUUUAUACUUGUGGAGAAAAGGGACGUACUUGUGAUGUGUUAUGAAGCUGCAUAUUCAAUAAAACCCCAUGUUCAUUUA